GGUUGGUUUUUUUUUGUUUUUUGUUUUGUUUUUUUUAUCGAAGAUUAACUUUUCUAACCUCCAAUUCACAGAUACAAUGCCAUCUGCUCCGAACAGAUACAGCAUGCACGCUCUGUGUAGCCUCCGUUGGUCUGUGUUGAACAUUGUUGUUAUGGUUGAUACAGCGUCGGCUGCGGCUGAAUAGUCCAAUUUGGGAGCGGCAUUCUCUUCCGAGGCUGGUGCACGUAUGGAUGGCCGUCUGGAUUUUCUCCUCUCCCGCCUGGAGCUGUUUCCAGGGCAUACUGCGCCAUAAGUCACGGUCAGCUGCUAGGUCCUCCCAGCUCUCUGUGUUGGUGUCUAGAGCUUUUAGAUCAAAUAUGUAGACAUCUUUGUAGCAUAGCUGGGGACAACCGACAGGUCUCUUGCUUGCGGAGAGCUGGUCGUACAAAAUGUCCUUCGGUAUGCGCCCAUCAUCCAUCCGGCGCAGAUGUCCAAGCCAGCGCAGCCUGCGUUGUUUGAGCGGGUAUACAUGGUUGGACCAUGUAGGCCGGUCCGUUCUAUAGGACUUGGCUGUUGGGCACUUUGUCACUCCAUGCAAUGCCUAGAAUGUGGCGAAGGCAGCGUAGAUGAAAGCUGUUCAAUUUCAGUUCCUGCUUGGCAUAUGUUGUACACGAUUCGCUUCCGCUCGAAAGCCACACUGAGAUUCUGGAUAGACACGUUCGGCCAGCUGUUGGAGGCGUCAAUGCAGUUCCAUUCAUUAUUUUUAGUUCGCAUAUAAUGCAGAUUUUUUAUGGUUAGAAUCCCUUCGUCACAAGCUUAUAUCAUUAUGUGCAGCCAUUUUUGUUGGCGCUUUUGGCUUACGAAGAAACUUCUUCAUGGGGGAUAAUAUUACAUCAGCUAAUGAUGGAAAUUCCAAACAUACAUCUAGAGCAACAGACAACAAACCUACAGAUGAUGGUGAAAUCAAGCAAGAUGGAAACCUUAAACAAGAUAAAAAUGAUCCCCAUCAAACGUCCCAAGAAUCCAAAACAGAAUCGGAAUCGGUGAAGAAAAUGAAAGAUGAAUUACAGAAAAUGCAACAGGAAGACCAACGGCAAAAGGAAAUAGCUACAGCAAAAUACAAACGAGACUUUAAACGAGAACGGAGCAAAAUAGAAAAAGAGGUAAUUGCCAAGGGAUACAUGUUCAAUCCUGAUAUCCGGGACAUUAAAGGUGCGAUAGCUGAUAUUAUGAAAGAAGAACGAGUUUUCAUGUUACAAAGACAAAUCGAUGCUUUGGAUAAAGACGAGCAACAGAUUCAGAAAGCAAUAGACAAAAAGUAUGGAAUGUUGUUCUCCAAGGACAGAAGACAGGACCUUACUGCAUUGGCCGAUAAGUUUUUCUCUUUACCCGGAAACACAGGUCUCCCAGAACACAUCACGAGGUCUCUGACGUCAGAGGAAAUAGCAGAUCUGAAAAUUGUGUUCGAUAUGUUUGACGUAAAAGGAAGAGGACACAUCAACGCUAACGAUCUUAAAAAAGCAUUGUCUAUGCUUGGUUUUCGAGCAUCGAAAGCUGUGUUGGGCAGUAUGAUCAGUGAAGUGGCCGGAGAAAACAAAGUUAAGGUGACUUUUGAAAAUUUCUUAGAUUUCGUGGUAAAAAGUCAAGGCGACGGACCAGAUCCCUACGGAGAAAUUAAACAGGCAUUUGAUUUAUUGGAUACGAAAGACCAAGGCUUUCUGACCUUGGAGGACCUGCGUGAAGCUUCCUCGGAGUGCAGCCUCAACUUUUCUAACACUAUAUUAAGGGAGAUGAUUCAGGAGGCGGAUCGUCAUGGUGAUGGCAAAAUCAACCUGGCGGAUUUCACAGACAUGAUGCUACAGACCAGCAGAUUUAAGUACGCCUCUUGAUAUCGUUAGAACGUACAAAGGGAGAACACAAACAGAUAUGACAUCAAUCACAUCUGGAAAUACCUCGGCUAAGACGCCUUUUAUAUAAAGUAUAUCCUCACUUGAUAUAUCAAUACAUGUACAUGGUAUUCCAAUGCCAAACUGUGUCUAUUGACCAAUUGUCUGUAACAAAUUACAAUUGUUUUAUGACUCAAUGAUGCAUGUCCAUAUUGAAGUCUGAAUAGAAUAUAACGAAAGGAACGUUAUAUCAAUAUUU